UGCCAAUUUGAAACGAAUUUAACUUCCUAAGUUAAGUUAUGAAAAUCUCUAAACUAUAAAAAAUAGACAUAAGUAAAUGUAUCUACCUCUGCAUAAUGCUUCCAACAGAAAAUAUUUCAUUAAAAUUCCCAUUAAAAAAUUGGGUUUGUGUACAGUUUCGCUGCCACUAUUUGCGUUCAUAACUUGUGUUUUUAUUACACUGUAUAAAGAUUUUGAAAUUGCAAAUAAUACGCAUUGUAAUGUGCCAAAUGUGUUCCCAUCCAUAUCAGCAUCUAUAGGAAGUUAUGAACCACAACGCACAAUAUGGAGACUCGCUAUAUAUGUUCACGCACCACUAAGGUUUUUCAUAAUUUAUUUAAGAUGGGAUUAUUAUAGAAAAACGAUUAGCCAAAAUUGUAUAUUUGUAGUAAAAUUAGCAGUAUUUUUAAAUAUUAUUGAAAAUUUAUCAUUAAUAGGCUUGACUCAUUGGACUUCCUCACAAUAUUACCCGUUUCAUGAAGCAUGUUUUAAAACUUUUAUUGGUACUUCAAUAUUUUACAUGUUAUUUACAUGCAUGAUGUUAACAAAAUAUAGGCGGCGGGCAACACAGACAGAUCUAGAAAUUUACUCAAUGAAAUUAAAAUGGAGAGCUUUUUUCGUAAAUGUCGCUUCAUUUGCAUUUGCAGCUUAUUUUUUCUUAAGACACAAUCGUCUUUGUGAACCCUAUGUUUAUUCAAUGUUUGGAUUUUCAGAAUAUAUUGUUGUAAUAAGCAACAUUAUGUUCCACAUGACAACAGUAUAUGAUCUCCGAUCUCAGUACAUUUACUUUACUAGAAAAGGCUUUGUAAUUGACUGACUUAGGAUUGUAAAUAAUAUUUAUUUAAUACAAGAAGUGCUAAUUGAAAAUGACAUAAAUCAAAGACUACCAAGUA